AUGGAGAAGAAGAGCGGACAUGUAUUGGCGGUGCCAUAUCCAACCCAAGGACACAUCACUCCGAUCCACCAAUUCUGCAAACGACUUGUCUCUAAAGGUCUCAAAACCACUCUCGCUCUAACAACGUUCGUCUUCAACUCCAUCAAACCUGACCCAUCUGGUCCAAUCUCCAUAGCCACCAUCUCCGACGGCUACGACCACGGCUUUCAAUCAGCUGGCUCCAUCGACGAGUACCUCCAAAACUUCAAAACCUCGGCUCCAAAACCAUUGCAGACAUCAUCCGCAAACACCAGACUAGUGAUAACCCCAUCACUUGUAUCUCGUUGUGCUGUGAACUACGUUUAUUAUCUUUCCUACAUAAACCAUGGAAGCUUGAAGCUUCCCGUAAGGAUUGCCUUUCUUGAGCUCCAAGAUUUGCCUUCUUUCAUCUCUGUUCCCGGAUCUUACCCUGCUUACUUUGAGAUGGUGCUUCAACAGUUUACAAACUUCGAGAAAGCUGAUUUCGUACUCGUUAAUACCUUCCAAGAGCUGGACCUUCAUAUGGAGGAGCUUGCUUCAGCAAUAAGCAACUUCAGCUUCCUGUGGGUGGUCAGACCUUCAGAGGAGGCAAAACUCCCAUUAGGGUUUCUUGAGACAGUGGAUAAAGACAAGAGCUUGGUCUUGAAAUGGAGUCCUCAGCUUGAAGUUCUAUCAAACAAAGCUAUCGGUUGUUUCUUGACUCACUGUGGCUGGAACUCAACCAUGGAAGCUUGA